AAGAAAUCCAGAGCCAUGGCCGACGACGACGCUUGCACGUGCGGCUUCCUGCCCUGCGUCUGCGUCACCGAGGAAGAGGCCAAGCAGGCCGAGAAGCUCGCGACGCUGCGCAGCAUCCUCAUGACCACGACGGCGCCCUGCGAUCUCUGCUUGAUGCUGCCGUGCAUCUGCGACGGCGACCUAUACGAGGAAGCCGACGUCCCGCUGCACCCGAACCCGCCCGUAGUGCGCGCGCGGCCGCUCGACGACUACGGCCGCGUCGAGCUCGACGAGCAGCUCUGGGUCGCGGACGAGAUCGCCGAUGUGCUCAAGCCGCACCAAGUCGACGGCGUCCGCUUCAUGACGACGCACUUGGCCGCGUCGCGUGGCUGCAUCCUCGCCGACUACAUGGGUCUCGGCAAGACGCUACAGCUCAUCACGACGCUGCAGAGCUACCUCGCCGACGGCCUCGCUGCAGGCGAGACACGGACGGCGCUCGUGCUCUGCCCGACCGUAUGCAUCAUGAACUGGGUCCUCGAGUUUCGGAAAUGGCUCAAGGAGACCACGCUAGCGCACUGUCCGCUCUUCUACAUGGAAACCAGCAGCCACAAGGCGAGCCCGGCGUGCCGCAUUGAGCUGCUGGAAAAGUGGCACGCGACCGGCGGCGUCCUCAUCCUCGGCUACGAGAUGUACCGCAUGCUGCUCAACCCGACCAAGUCCAGCGACAGCAUUGUCCUCGAGGCGACGACGGUCAUGAAGGAAGGCGUCGUCGAGAUCCACGACCGGCACCAGCUCGCGAUGGACAAGGCACUCCGGAAGCUCUCGACGCUCUUGUGCAAUCCAGGGCCGAGCCUCGUGGCUCUGGACGAAGGCCACCGUAUCAAGGACCCGAGUUCGAUCCUGUGCACGUGCCUCGAGCGCAUCGCGACGCCCAACCGCAUCGUCCUCACGGGCUACCCGCUGCAGAACUCACUCGCCGAGUACUGGUGCAUGGUCAACUUUGCUCUACCGGGCUUCCUCGGCACGUACGACGUGUUUCGAGCGACGUAUGAAAAGCCGAUUCUGGACGGCGACGACGCCAAGGCGACCGAGCUCACGUCACUGCUCUCGACGGUCGUGCUGCGCCGCGGCCAAGCGCUCUUGAACGCGCACUUGCCGCAGAAGUUUGAGUGGAUCGUGCACUGCCACCUUUCGCCGCUGCAGCACGAGCUCUACUGCGCCUUCUUGGAUCGGGACCACGCGACCAAGCAGCAGUGGGACCUCUUUACCGCCUACACGACGCUGCUCCAACUGGUGAACCACCCGGACGUGGUCCGAACGCGGCUGUUUCUCAGCGCCGACGAGAACGAGAACGAGCAUGACGCGACGGACGAGCUGGCGGACUGGCAGCCCGUGCUCUCGGCCAAGCCAAAGCCCGUCAAGAAACGCAAGCGCCUCGUGCGCGACCCGGCGACGACCGUGUGGGCAGCACGCCUCGACGCCGACGCAUAUGAGCCUGGCGUCGCAGCGAACAGCGGGAAGCUCUCGGUCUUUCUUGCCCUUCUGCACAACAGUCGCGCCGUUGGCGACAAGAUUGCAGUCUUCUCCCAGAGCGUCUCGACCCUGCGCGAGAUUGCACGCUUCAUUGAUGCGCUCGACGCGAUGAACGACGGCGCGACCAAGAAAAAACAUCGACCAAAUCGACGGCCAAGAAAGCGUGCUCCGUCGUGGCGUCUUUUAGAGGGCAGCGUGUCGUCGUCCAAGCGUAUGGACUAUAUUGAGACGUUUUCGAAUCCCUCGAGCGGCGUCGACGUGUUUCUGGUCUCGACGCGCGCUGGCGCCGAAGGCAUCAACCUCCACGCCGCGAACCGUGUCGUGCUCUUUGACGUGAGCUGGAACCCGUCGCACGACCACCAAUCCAUGUGCCGGUCCCACCGCAUUGGGCAGAGCAAGGACGUCCACGUCUACCGCCUCGUGAGCCACGACACGAUCGAAGAAAAGAUCUACAACCAACAGGUGAAGAAGGUCGACCUGAGUGCCAACGUGGUCGAUGCGACCGCCAUCAGUGCGCUCAAGCCCAGCGAUACCUCGUCCUUCUUUACGCCGCCGUCGCCGCCUUGCGACGCAUCGGCCGCGGCCCACGCACCAAGCGGCGACGUCGUGCUUGACGCGUGCCUCGACAGCGCGGGCACGUGGAUUGCCAAGUACUUUCGCGCGCUGCACAUCACCGACGACGCGGCUGCGUAG